AUGAGUACGAGCCAGAAGAAGGAUGCCAGAAAAGGCAGAAACAAGAAGAAGAAUGUGGCCACCGUACCCAUUGUGAAGCCUUCUGCUGACCCUUAUGCAAACCUGGUGCCAGCAGAUUUGUACGACCUGGAUAAUUCAGAAGACGAGUUUGAAAGGAAAGAAGCAAUGAUGAUGCGCCAGGCUCUCAAAGAAGAGGCCCGCAGACAAGCAAUGAGGGAGCAGACCACAUUUGUUGGAAAAGCCCAGGAGGAAAAAACAGAGGCAUUUCCACCUUUGAGCCACCAGAAGACCUCAAAUCUUCAAGAGAUAACCAAACAGGUGGAUUGUCAGCCAGCCUCCAAAACAGGGUCUCCUCCACAGCAGGAGGAACCCUUAAGACAAACUGGGCCAGGACAAAAAGAAGGCAGUGUCCAAAGCUUUAGCCAGGCACUCACCCAGAUCCCUGAGCCUAAAUGGACCAGAAUCAAGAGACAUGUAGGCCCAGGACAAAAAGAAGGCAGUGUCAAAGGUUUUAGCCAGGCACUCAUCCAGAUCCCUGAGCCUAAAUGUCUCAGAAUCAAGGGUAAGGUUGAAGUGGUGAGCAGACAGGAAGGAGAAAGGGCAGCCUUACUUUAUGAAGUGGAGCUUCUGAAAAAGCAGCUCAGAACCCAGGAAGAGAAGGCGGAUUCUGAAAAGGCUCAACUGCUUGCUGAGGUUUCAAACCAGCAGCAGUCAGCAAAGGAAGCAGUCCUGGAAAUGGAAAAAUUGAAGGAGGACUGUGAAAAAGAAAGGCAAAAUCGGAGAGAGAUGGAAGAACAGUUGGCCAGGCAGACAGACAUGAAUUCCACACUGCAGGCUGAUAUGUCCCAUGCCAUCAAGGACAUGCAGGCCCAGAUAGAGCUAGCAAGAUCAGAUUUUCUGUCUUACAAAGAGGAAUGUGUCAGAUUGAGGGCUGCACAAGAGCAGAGUGAAGAAAACCAUAGAAUCCAGAAGCAGCAGUGGGAGCAAGAAAAAUCCUCUCUUCACUCAUACAAAGAGGAAUCGGACAGAUUAAAGGCUGCACUAGAGCAGGUCCAAGAAGACCAUGAGAUCCAGAGGCAGCAAUGGGAGCAAGAGAAAUCAUCUCUUCUCUCAUACAAAGAGGAUUCAUGCAAGUUGAAGGCUGCCCUUGAGCAGGCUGAAGAGGAGAUGAAGACAAAGAAGCAGAGGUGGCAGAAGGACAGGUUCUGUCUCCAUAGAGAGCAUGAUGAGGCAAUCAGCAAGAUAGGGGCUUCCCUAAAGAAAGCCCAAGAAGAGCUGAAGAACCAGAGGUGCCAACAGGAGAAGGAGAGACAGCUCUUCCUUACUGGGCACCAACAACUGGAUCAGCUUAAACACCAGUGGGAGGAGCAUAAGAUUCGUGUCCAGAAUGCACACAAGGAGGAAAUUAGCUUCCUGAGGGCAGUCCUCGGGCAGACUAAAGAGGACCUAUCCAAACAGACACAUCAAAGGGAAGAGUUAAGGUCACAGCUCCUUGCGGAGCGGGAGAAAUCUUUCACUUUGGAGGCUUCACUACACCAGGCCAGUAUGGAUCUGCAGAAGCACAAGCUCCAGUGGCAGGAAGCCACUCUGCUGGAGUCCAUCAGUGUCAUCAGAUCCUCAACAGCUCAAGCCAUAAUGGACGGUCAAGUAGAGACCAAGGAGGUCCCAGGGACAAAGGUUCCAGGGAAAAAUGCAUAUUAA